AUGGAAGACUUGAACAUUUUCCAAGAGAAAGAGGGGGAAUUCACGGGACCAAGGCAUGCGUUGAUGAAAAAUGUAAGAAUUCCUUUUUAUGAACCCAACAUAGAUAAAGAUUUUGAAAAGGAUCUAAGCCGUUUCGAAACCAGACCAGACGAUGUAUAUGUUGUCAGCUAUCCUAAAUCAGGUAGGAUCAUAGUUAAAUACCUUGCAUGUUGACAUUUAUUAAUACAAAAAAUGGUGAUAUUCUCGGUGCGUAGUACAUCAUCUUUUCACAAAAUACAACUUUCCGAAAAGUUGUACUCAACUGACAUGUAAACUUAGGGACGCAACGGCAAUAAGCCAUAAAGUCUUCUGAAGGGAGACUGUGCCGACAGACGCUGUGAGCUCGAGUAUGUAGCAUGCAGGGUUAUAAAACUUAACUGAUACCCCUUAAGAAACUAGGCCAGUAAUCCCCCACCCCCCCGCCCCAUUCCCCCAUUUACAAAGAGAUCUCACAGCUUCAUCACCAGAAUGAGGUUGGCCGGUAGAUAAACUUUAUCUUAAGAGGAGUCUUUUAAAUGGAUAUCUUAUUUUUCUUCUUCUUCUUCUUUUUGUGGGGUCACGCAACGCUCAGGAAUGCAUGUUUGCGUGACGACACAAAGGGUGGCCGGACAUGUAUGGAAAUGUCACAACUUGGUAAUUAGUGUGCCAAGAAAUAGCAACCACCAAAUCACAUUUUAUCGCGUCAUUCCCACAGGAACAACCUGGCUUCAGGAAAUUGUUUGGCAGGUGUACCAUAAUGGUGAAAUAAGCAAAGAGGGAGUGGAGAGUCGAUACCCGCAACUGGAGAAAAGUCAACUCUUUGAGAGGCCUGGGGAUGAAUCUCAAGUUACCCUUAACUCUCGACCCAGUCCCCGACUCAUCAAAUCGCACCUUCCCUAUCACCUGAUACCAAUGAGUGAAAAUGAGGCCAAUAGAAGCAAAUAUCUCUACAUCGCCAGAAAUCCAAAGGAUGCUGCCAUUUCAUUUUAUCAUUUUGUCAGCAGUUUUGGCCCCGCCAGCCAUUUUAGUGGAACUUGGGAGUUCUUUGCAAAACUAUUUAUUGAGGGCAAAGGUAUAAAUUCUGUGAAAUACCUACUUGAAUGUGCAGAUAUUGACUAGAAAUUUAUGCAGCCCGAGAAAGGCUAAAAGUUCCUAAAUGACUGUUCCAUUCAUCUGAAAUUUUCUCCGGUUUUUUCCCUUGACCGUCUAUGAUUUUCCAAAAACCCAUUUCAGAAGAGAUCAGAAAAUCUUUCGUUUACCCAACAUAUAAUUUUACAGCGCCACUUUAUUAUAUGCCUCCGCAAAGAUUAAAAAGCAUUGCUAAAGAAAGCCGUAAAAAACCUUCAGUAUUUAACGCGUUUGAGAGAACAGGAAGCUAAGUGUCCCUGGUGUAUUACCCUUGCGCCCAUGCUUUCUAGUACGUCAUAUUCUUUGGAACAAAAUGACUGCAAUGUUGGAUAUAGACUAACUGUUAUAUAGACUAGGAAACAGUAGGUUUUUUUUCCCUUCAUGAUCGGUUUUUAAAGGCGCAAUGAGGGUGAGUCUCACUUUUUUUUCAACCUCGCUCUAGAACGUUUGUUUCCUGAUCUACUCGAAAAUACGGGCUGUUUUGGAGUCUACGUAGGUUAUAUGAUUUUAACAACCCAUAUAUUUUUACCUGAAUGCUAAAUUGCUCCUGGUUUCUUUGCAGGAGCGUUUGGUUUUUGGCCUGAUCAUGUUUUACCAUGGUGGGAACACAGAAACGAACCACAUAUUCUCUUACUCAAAUUCGAGGAUUUGAAGAAGGUAAGUAAACUGUGAUGUUUUUGUUACAUGUACUUUUUCCAACACCCAACAACAAAUGUCCAAGAAACGCCAGUGAAGAUGUUUUUACCGCUUAAAUUUCUUUCAUCGUUGAACCUGACCGAUUAUAUAGAAGCUGAUGCUAAAGAAAUUUAAGAAUCAGUUUAAUCUCAAUGAAAGUAACGAUGUAAUCACUGCCUCCCCUUCAGGCGCUUCGUAUUUCGCCCAGAAGAAAGCGCGAAACACAACUGACUGGUGACGAAGCGCAAUGGACCAUGGGAAGGAGAAAGAAGAGAGGCGAAGCGCCGUCUCGCCCCUUUUCUCCUUCCCGCCUUCCUUUGAGCGCAAAUUUUCAUCGAGAGACGUCGGGUACGAGGCAGAUGUUACUACUAGUCGGCAAGCGAUUUCGCGUUAGACUAGGUCAGUUUUGUGUUCAAUAGCCCACGUUCGAUGAAUGUUUAAAUUGGGACACUAUUGUUUUUGUUAUUGGCUGUUACAAGGUUGCACAGAAAACAGGGUCAAAAGUCCAUUCCCAAAACAGUCCCAUAGUGCAAUUCGACACAACUUUGACCCAGUCUCCGGCAUAUCCUCAAAAUGGCCAAUUUUUUUAUUGGUUCUAAUAUUGUUAUCAUCAUCAUCAUCAUCAUUUCCACCACCCCCACCAUUAUCACUAUCAUCAUCAUCAUCAUCAUCACCUUCA